UCCCCCAAAUGAGUGAUACGGGACGUUAUCGGCCGCAUAUUAACAGUAAGUCGUGAGUUGAAAUGGAAACUUCGGCCUCGAUAAACGGAUCUUUAAGAAUCGGUGCGUAUGCAUACGUCAUACAAAGUACAUACACACAUGCACGCAUGUACACGCUCGCUGCGAGAGACGCGCAUCGCCAAAUGCACCCCGGAGUACCUCUUGUGUGUUUGUUCAUAUGCAUUGCUCGUGUAAGGAAUGUUCGCGGGAUGAUGUUAUCGUUGAAGGCUUCCCAGAAUUCCGCGAAGAGAUACGGUCGGCUAACAAUUGACGGAGCAUAUCCUAUCUCUGAAUCAAAGAGUUUGCAGAAUAUCAUAUAAUAAAAAAACUUAUUGAUAUUACCUAUCUUUCUUGACUAAAGAUAGAAGGAAUGUGUGUUACAAAGAUCAUUAAUUUUUUUGGUGGAUAAGCUUAAUGAUCUUAAAACAUGGACUUGAAGAGUGUAUUAUCUUAUCAGAACAUUCCACUUAUCAAGAAGCAAAUAAAAUAUCAGUAACGUCAUGCAUUUUUACAAAUAAAAAUGGGUACUGAAGACAUUAAAAUUCUAGAUAUUGAAGAGAUUAAUAUUGAAAUAUUUAUAACUUUAUUGAGUUAAAUUGCACUUUAUAUUAUAUAUCAUGGUGCAACAACGGCUUCCCAGUUUUGAUGGUGGUCGAAGUGGGCGGCGUUUUAUACUGACACUCGCUGCUGGAAUGGCUUUUGGCUUUCUAUCGGCAUGUCUGCUUAUUACAUCUACUAGAGAUGUACCACACAUUUUCAGGUGGAUGCCGGGUAAUUCUGGUCUUUCUAGAGAUCCUCAUCAUUAUUCAGAACUGGAGUCAGAGAUUGGUCCUGAAACAGAAGUGAAAUUUCAUGGUGAAGAUGAAGAUUUUCAUAAAGGAGAAGAUAGGAUAGCUCAAGAUAUGGCAAAAAAAGUGCGUGUUCUUUGUUGGAUUAUGACUGGCCCAAAGAAUCAUCAGAGUAAGGCUCGUCACGUGAAAGCGACAUGGGGCAAACGCUGUAACAUACUAUUAUUCAUGAGUUCGGCAGAAGAUGCUAGCUUACCUACUGUAGUUCUCCCAGUAAAAGAAGGUAGAGAUAAUCUGUGGGCGAAAACCAAAGAAGCGUUUAAAUACGCUUACGAAAAGUACAAAGACAAAGUAGAUUGGUUCAUGAAAGCUGAUGAUGAUACGUAUGUAAUAGUGGAAAAUCUGCGAUAUAUGUUAUCAUCUUACAAUCCAAACUCGUCACUAUAUUUUGGCUGCAGAUUUAAGCCUUUUGUAAAGCAAGGCUAUAUGAGCGGUGGAGCAGGAUACGUACUUAGUAAGGAAGGUUUACGUAAAUUCGUGGAAGUGGGUUUACCCGAUAAAACCAAGUGCCGGUCGGAUAAUGGUGGCGCGGAGGACGUAGAGAUGGGGAAAUGUCUUGAAAAGGUCGGUGUACGAGCGAUGGACACUAGAGAUCCUCAUGGACGGGGUAGAUUCUUUCCAUUCGUGCCAGAGCAUCACUUGAUACCCAAUCAUGUGGACAAAAACUUUUGGUAUUGGAAGUAUAUCUAUUACGAUACCAAGGAUGGUUUAAACUGCUGUUCGGAUAGCGCAGUUUCAUUUCAUUAUGUAUCACCAAACAUGAUGUACGUUCUCGAAUAUCUGAUUUAUCACCUGAGACCGUACGGUAUCAAUCACGGUCUAGAAAAACCAUCUGCGGAUCGACCGUCAACGUUGACCGAAUACUAGUCCAUAGAGAUGUAAAUAGAAAAAAAAACGUUUUUUAUAAAAUGCGGUUUUUUUGUGAAAAAAAACAUGCCUUUUCAAAAUUUUAUUUUUUUAAAUAUUUAACAUUUUUACCUUUUGAUAAUUGCAAGUUGAUUUGUUAUUAUUUUUGAUUUGUUUAAUGAUAGCAGGAAGAAGAUGAUAGAUUCAAACUAGCCAUUUUAAA